AUGCGCUCAGUGGCGCUUGUCCCGUUGUUCGGCCGAGCGCUUCAUUUUAUAAUUGAUGAUAGCGAGGCAGAAAGACAAGCACUAAAAUCAAUUUGGCCACAAUCAAAUAUUUUGCUUUGUAGGUUCCAUGUAUUACAGUCAGUUUGGAGAUGGUUAUGGGAUGUAAAACAUAAUAUCAAAAAUGAACACAGAAAAUUGUUAUUUAAAUUAUUUCAAAGUAUUUUAAUUGCACCUGAUUAUAAUAGUGCUCAUAAUGCCUAUACUACUGCUAUUGGCAAAACAAACACUAUAAAUAAUAGUAUAAGUGAUGAAAUUAUACCUCUUAAGUAUGAAAAAUGGGUGAAAUAUAUGAAUAAUUAUUGGGCGAGGAAAGAAUUAUGGUGUCUAGCUUUUAGAGAUGCUACUGUCCAUGGUUAUCAGACCAAUAAUUUUAGUGAAGUUAAUGUACGGAUUUUUAAAGACAUAGUACUCUCUAGAAAUAAGGCAUAUAAUGCCAUUGCACUGGUGGAUUUUAUUUGUACUGGCCUUGAAGAUUACUACUUAAGACGUUUAAGGACUUUUGUUAAUGGUAGAAAUGACACAGCUCGAUUGCUUUUUGAAGAUCAAAUAAAAAGAGCUGUUAAUAUUAAUAAAGAUUCAAUAGAAAAAUUGCCUAACAAUAUAUUUAAAGCACCAUCAGGGUCCGAUUGUGGUUAUUAUGAAGUAGAUGUUACUCAUGGAUUUUGUUCUUGUUCCAAAGGAAACUUGGGAGCUUUUUGCAAGCAUCAGGCAGCAGUAUACCAUCACUUUAACAGGGCCAUGCCUAAUUUACCAGCUAUUACUGUCGAUUCUCGCUAUAUGCUAGCUAAAUUAGCUUUUGGAGAGAUUGUACCUGAAAUAGCAUUUUAUAAGCCACUUCAUCUUGAAAAAAAUAAUUGUCAAUCUAGUGAAGAAACAACAGAAAUUGUUGAAGAUAAUGUAUUAUCAUCUCCAAUAAGAAAUACUAUAGUUGAAACUGAUGAUCAUCUUGAUAAUCAUAAUAUUGAUCAACAGUCGGAUGAAUAUGUUAACCAGAUUCAAGAAUUAAUUAAAACAAAUUUUGAAAAAUUUAAAAGUAAUACUUCAGUUUCUGUACUCUCUAAAUGUUUAGAUCGUUUGAAGAAAGUUAAGUCGAUUGCUACUUGGGAAUCAUUUUUGAGUACUGCUGGUAGUACUAUAUCACUAAGACAUCGAUCUCGUGCAACUAUUCAUGUACAGCCUACUACCAUAAGUAGAAGAAAGCCAGGUGUCACAAGAGGUAGUAAACGUUUAUUAGUAGGACGACCAGUGAAAACAGACAAUAACAAAAGAAAUGUAAUAAAAAGAAAAAGAAAUUUAGCCGAAAAUGUGAGGAAAAAUGUCCCAAAUGCCAAAGGUCAUUGA